UUUCCGCCGCGAAAUGUUGGCUCGCGUCCCUCUGAUCGCGGGCCAAGCGACCAAUCUAUUUUGGGCCGCUUUGUUGUGUGUUGUCCUCGGUCAGCUGCACUCGCUCUCUCACUCGAGUCUCUGCUGCGGUGGCGGCAGUCGGCAUGGCCUGCAAGGGUGCGUUGCUGCUCGCCCUGGCCCUCACCCUGGUCAGCGGGCAGGAGCUCGGCUUCGACUGCGACCCUGAGCGGCCGUGCCUCGCGCUCAACGAGCUUUGCGACGAUGGCUUCUGCAAAUGUCUCCCCGGAUUCAUCAGGAACGAGAAGCACUGCUUCCCAGCUCGGAGCUACGGAGAGUCUUGCUUCUUCGACAUGCAGUGCGCCAUGUUUCCCAUGGUUUGCUCAGAGCAGAAAUCGGGCUUCGGCAAACGUUGCCAAUGUCACAAGUUCUUCCGGUGGGACGCAGAGGUUCGGGAGUGCCGGCACAAGGAGAACCUGGCGGCCAUGGUGUCCAAGCUGGAGCAAAAAUUCGACUUCGAAUCUAAGAUCGACAACCAGGCGAAUUCCCUCUUCCCAGGGAUGGUGGCCGCCGGAGUGAUGGUGCUAGUCGUCGGGUUCAUCAUGGCCGCCGCCUGCGCCGUCUACGUCUGCUACUCGGGCAGCUGGAAGCCCUGUUGCAGGAGAGAGCGGCAAGAGUUUGAAUGCCACGCGAGCGAGUUCGAGCGUCUGGAGGUGAAGAGCGAGGGAAAAGCCAAAGAAGACGUUUGAGUCACGUCCAUAUAUGCACUGUUUUGGAAUAAAAAAAUCCGAGAGUGGAAAUUAA